CUGAGAGUCGGAGACACUAUCCGCUUCCAUCCGUCGCGCAGACCCUUCCGGAGCCACUUCCGCUACGGAUAAUCGGAAGGAUCUGGUGUACCAGGCGAAGCUGGCCGAGCAGGCUGAGCGAUACGACGAAAUGGUGGAAUCGAUGAAGAAAGUAGCAGGGAUGGAUGUGGAGUUGACAGUUGAAGAAAGAAACCUCCUAUCUGUUGCAUAUAAAAAUGUGAUUGGAGCCAGAAGAGCUUCCUGGAGAAUAAUCAGCAGCAUUGAACAGAAAGAAGAAAACAAGGGAGGAGAAGACAAACUAAAAAUGAUUCGGGAAUAUCGGCAAAUGGUUGAGACUGAGCUAAAGUUAAUCUGUUGUGACAUUCUGGAUGUACUGGACAAACACCUCAUUCCAGCAGCUAACACUGGCGAGUCCAAGGUUUUCUAUUAUAAAAUGAAAGGGGACUACCACAGGUAUCUGGCUGAAUUUGCCACAGGAAAUGACAGGAAGGAGGCUGCGGAGAACAGCCUGGUGGCUUACAAAGCUGCUAGUGAUAUUGCAAUGACAGAACUUCCACCAACGCAUCCUAUUCGCUUAGGUCUUGCUCUCAAUUUCUCCGUAUUCUCCUAUGAAAUUCUUAAUUCCCCUGACCGUGCCUGCAGGUUGGCAAAAGCAGCUUUUGAUGAUGCAAUUGCAGAACUGGAUACGCUGAGUGAAGAAAGCUAUAAGGACUCUACACUUAUCAUGCAGUUGUUAUGUGAUAAUCUGACACUAUGGACUUCAGACAUUGCAGGGUGAUGGUGAAGAGCAGAAUAAAGAAGCGCUGCAGGAUGUGGAAGACGAAAAUCAGUGAGACAUAAAAGCCAACAAGAGAAACCAUCUCUGACCACCCCAUUCCUUCCCAUCCCACCCCCAUUGGAAAUUCCCCCAUUGUCACUGAGAACCACCAAAUCUGACUUUUACAUUUGGUCUCAGAAUUUAGGUUCCUGCCCUGUUGGUUUUUUGUUUUUUUUUUUUUAAACCAUUUUCAAAAGUUCUUAAAGGCAAGAGUGAAUUUCUGUGGAUUUUACUGGUCCCAGCUUUUAGGUUCUUUAAGACAC